AUGGGCAGACGAUUCUUGCACCGAGUCCGAACGCCAUCGCGACCCGCCAUCACUGAACCAAACUCCAUACAUCUCCAGCCUACGAGCGCUUAUCAAAGACACAAACCGCCCAACAUGUCUCUCACCGCUGAGCAACAGGACAACUUCGAGGACAUCGAGAAGCAGUUCGCUGUCAAGGCCGUACAACACAUGACUACCUACUGGUCCAUCCUCGAGAAGGUCCCAGGAACCAAGCUACGCCUUACCAAGAUCGACGACGAAAUCUACGAGCACUUCAAAAAGGAGUUCCCCGACUACGACCCCAAGGCUACAAUCAACGAGGAUGAGAUGAAGAGCAAGGCAGGCAAGGAGCGCUGGAGAAACUUCAUCAACCAUUACGAGAAGAAGGUCGACGACUACAAUUUCGGCACUUUGUUGCGCUCCAACCCUGCCUUUGAAUACGGCCAGGACGAGACCAUUUUCGCUGUGCGCAUGCAGUUCUACGCACUUGAGAUUCUGAGAAAUCGCGAAGGUCUGAAUGACUGGAUUUACGAGAAGGCUCAAGGCCAGAAGGCAUCAUGAGCGCGAAGCCGACUGUGAUCAUUUUCGCCAGGCCGUCGUGGGCGAAAAAUUUGCAGUAGCUUUUAUCGACAGAACAAGUUAUGCAGCCACUUGCAGAAUCUGCUACGAAAGUAAGUUGCCGUCCACCGGACAAAGGACAGUCUGUCAGACGUACCUUGAUGGGUGUUGCAGCCACGAGAAGAAGAGCGGAGAAAGGCUAUGGGGACGGGGAUGGAAUCAGAGGCUAGAAUUUGCCACGCAAAAUCCAAGUAAUUUCGCGAUGAACUUUUACAAUCGGAGGACACAUGGUUGACUAUCGAGAA